ACUCUCUUAUUUUUCUAUUACUAUUGUCUAAGAACGAAAACAGAAGCAAUUUCGCAGAAUGAACCAGGAACCAAAUUCUGUCUCGAUCACAGAUGCUAAAUCCGGAUUUAUGUGCAACUUGGAAAUGGGCAACGAUAUUCCAGAGAUCCCCGUCGGCCCCCGAUUUUUAAAUAUUCCGUUCGAUAGUUCGGGAUUAAGCGAGUUUUUACCCGAAUCAAGUGUUUACACAGACUAUAGAUGGCCCGUCCAUUUCAGUAUUCGCCAGGUGGACUUUCCCAUCAUUGGUUACGACAAAUACUCUCAAGCAGGUCCAGUGAAGGAGUCCAUGAGUCCCGAAGACCAGGUUCUCUUUGCGGAUCUUGACGAGAACGAAAAGUCCAAUCUAAUCAACGAAACUCCCGAUUCCUGGCUCCGCUUCAUGGAGUAUGGCAGUCUCUCCACAACCACCAAGCAGCCUUCCCGCUCCUCGCAGCCGUCCUCGCCUCGCAGCUCCCCUGCCUCCUCAAAGAAAGAGCGAAUCGAGCAGUCGUUCGCUCCGAUCCCGCUCACGCGUCCCGACAACCCCAACGUGGUGGCCGAAGCCGUGUGGGAGGUGCUUCCCGACGAGGUCAGUGCGUGUUUCGACUACCGUUUGGUGCGAUUCGAAGACGACGGCAAUCAAUCCGACGAGCUGAACUCCUUCCUUCGCUUCCAUCAAGCCCACGGAAUCAAUUACUGCGAGCAGCUGAAGCCUGCAGCGUCCUCGGGUGCGUCGAGGAAAGAAGAGCAAGUGUUGGAGUGGCAGCGAUCGUACGAUUGCUCGCAGAUUCGCCCGAUCCGGGGUGAGGCAAGCAAGGAAAUCAUCGCGUUGGACUGGGACCCUGAAUCGCAGGGAGGCAUUGCGAGGUAUAUUCCGCUGAUGAACGACUAUGUGUAUUCGCUGAUGGGACAUAAGGCUUCGAGGAGGACGGAGAAUGUGGGAAUCGAAGUGGAGAAGGUGAAAGUGAGAGAAACGGAGAAGUACGAAAUGUACAAUGAAGCCGAAUAUUGGGGUGUUUGUUGA